CAGAUCGAGAGAAGAUUUCCUGCAGCGACCAUGAGCAGCAACCCUCCAUCUGCGUUCCGGAGAUCAAACUAUUCUAACCGGUGUAGCUCCCCUGAGGAGUACUGGAGUGUGCAGGGCAACAGAUGUGUGCAAUGCAAGAUUCGUUAUCCCAUCAAACCCGGUCAUGAGUUUUCCUCAAACUGUGGCCAGUCAGAUGAUGGAGGAAUGCAUGAAGUUCCCUAUAAAAAGUGCAGCGCGGGAACCUUUAACAAUGGGAAUUUUAUUUGGUGUCAUCCGUGCUCCAUUUGCCCAUCGUCAAAAUUACUGUCGCCCUGCACAGACAUAUCUGACAGCAGCUGCUGUGGAGACGGAGACUGCACAAGUGAAGCCCAGCCUACAACAACACAAAGCACAGUAAUUACAACUAAUCCUCCGAUGACAACAGCCAGUUCCAAGUCAUACACUGAAACUACUAUUUUCAGUGAAACAAUACAAUCGACGUAUUCAGCAAAGACCACCCAAACAGAUCCAACAACCACCUCGAAAAGUUACCCACACCGUGAUAAGCUUUCAGUGACCACCUUGGCUGCUUUCACCAUCUCCAUCCUGCUUUGUGCUUGCUUACUGUGUCUGAUCUACAUCAUUAAGAAAAAGAAACACGGAGGCUGCAGAGAGAUGAAAAAAUGCUUUAGUGAGAGGAGACUGAGUAAUCAUGUACCACUGGCAGACAGCAGGGAACAUUUCAAGUUGGGCAUCACUGAGGACAUCAAGGACAUCAAGGACAUAAAUGACCUUUUGUCCCCUGAAAUAAAGGCCGCUCCACUUCAGUCCGUGCUGAAUAAUAUGGACGUGGUGGAAGAACUCGUCCUUCUGCUGGAUCCGGACAUCCCUGGAGUAAAGAACACUCGCCACCUCGCCGCGAGCUGUUCGAUCCCCUUCACCUGGAUCAACUACGCCUAUUCAAUGAAGGACAGUAGGAGUCCCCUCAUUGCCGUGCUGGAAAGGGUCAUUGCCAAAUACCCAUGCUGGAAUGUAGGUCACUUGGCUGACCUACUGAGCAAUAUUGGGCGGAAUGAUGCAGUGGCUGUUCUUGGGAAACUCUAUUUAACUGCAAUGGAAGUGUAGUUUACAUUUAAAGGGGAAUUCCAGAGAUUUUUCAGCAUUUUCAUAAAAUCUUGAACAUGUGCACAAAGUGGGUUGAAAUGGUGCAAACCUGGAAUUCUUCACAGUGGAAAAAUGUACUACAGUGUCUACAAUGCAAAUAUACCCAUUUUAUUUACUCCAAGCCCUCAUGUAAACAAUGAGUGUAACUAGUUCUGUCUUCUGAGUUUUAAUAGUUUUUCUGCAAUGAUGAUACUGGUUAAAAAAUAGAAGUUAAUUCAAAAACAUAUUUUCUUUGGGGUCUAUGUAGGUUCACAGCACCCUGUAUGUAUCUCUUCAUCAUAAAUGUACUCAACUAUAUAUGGUUGAGGUUAUAACGUGCCGCAGUGACGCAGGUCUUCAGCACCGCAGGUGUUUGGCUCCCAUCACCACUGCAGGUGUUUGGUUCCCAUCACCACUGCUAUGACUGAAUGAUGCAACUUCAGAUCAAACCACUGAAUGACUUUUUCAGUAAAAAAGCAAUUCUGUGAAAUUCUGCUUUAAAAUUUGACAUUAAUUCAUAAAUGUACUAAAUAUGGUCUUCUGCCCCUGGACAAAACCACUUGGCGCUGAUAAAAGACUCCUUUGACCAUCUUACAAGAAAGACGAGGAGGCAUUUGUUCAAGUGUAAAUGAGUGUAUAACCCCAGAGUCGGGCUGCUGUGGUCUUAAUACGUUUAUAUAUUUGGGACAAUGUGUAGUUGGAAAUUUGACCCGUCUUUGAAAAGGAACAGGCGUACUACGUCGUCAGUGUUGGUGUCUUAGGGGAAAGAGAAUAACAAUAACUGCUUCUAUCUAGGGAUACACAGAUAUUGCAAUCAUAUCGCUACUAGAAAUUUGGACAACUGUUCAGAUUUAAUGGACAUUUUGUGAUUUUUUUUUGGUUUUCCAGAAGAGUAGAAUGGCCUCAAUUCCCACAUGGGUGUAUUCAUUCAUCAAUCCUGUUCCUUCUGGCAUGGUUACAAAUAUCAACAAAAUAUAAUUCUGGCAUCUUAUUAUUGCAUGAUUAAAAAACAAACCAACCUGAA